AUGAAUAACCUUGCCCAACCAUGGUUGAGUGAGCUUUCCAUCCCUUCGGAAUACAGUUUUGUCGGCUACAGACACUGGGGCUUUACCAUUUACCGCACCGGAUACGGACCUUCUUCCGACCAGCAAUGGCAGCGACUUCUCGAAACCAUCCAGACUAGUGCGCAUGACGAAGCAAGAAGCGUAACCGAAUCUACCAAAGACGAUCCUGCAUUUCAGGUAUUGUGGUCGCUGUUCCGUCUCGAUGCACGCUCAGAUCCUGCCCUAGCCGGCCUCGACAUAGACCAACUUCGUCAGUUGUACAACCGUAGCAGUAGCGAAGGUAGCCAGCCAAUGAACGCAGACUUUAACUGGCACCGAAUAUUCCUUUUCGCUGACGACGAGGUUCUGUCAGACCCUGCCGCUUCUAUCGUCAAGUGUGUAGAUGCUGAAUACCGUGUAGAGGACUAUAUUUCGCGGAACCCAAGGGUGGGUGGACAACGUUACUUUGGCUGGAUGCGAAUAGAGCCUAGAAGCGUAGCAUAG